CAGUUGAAGCUAAAAAGAGGUUUUGUGCGCAGGCUAAUCAAGGAGGAGGCGUCAUACAGGACGGAGGCAAAUAAGCAAGAGGAGAAAAUUGAGCAGCUUAAGGCAGAAGCAGCCGACAAUUUCCUCAUCAAGCAACACACGGCCAGUUUGCAGGAGACUAUCAUGAUGAUCCCGGACAGCCGGCGUCGCAUGACCGUUGCCCGCGCUGACCUGCAGCAGCUACUGGAAGCCGAGGAGGAAUUAUCGGAGUCCGCCGAGUACCAGGAAGCCAAAAGUCUCUUGGACUCCGUCCCGUUGGAGGCUUCAUAG